AGCGACCUUCAAUUCUUAGCGAUCGCGACCCAUCAGCCACCACCAGCAACGCCCGCCCACCUUGUCCUCCCGCUACGCGUGUCCUGGAGGUGGUGUUGCCCGUAACGUCUCCCACGGGGGAAGGGAACUAUUGGAGCGACGACCGAUUUAUCGACCCUGGUGGUGUUCGAUCAGUUGCCUGAUCCAAGAAGUUGUCAAUUUGCGACCUUUCCGUGAUUGGUUCGGGGUUGGAGGGAUGGAGGAGAGGUACGAGUCGCUGAAGGAUCUGGGAGCCGGGAAUUUUGGGGUGGCGAGGUUGGUGAAGGAUAAAAGGACAGGGGAGCUCGUCGCCGUCAAGUAUAUUGAAAGAGGGAAGAAGAUUGAUGAGCACGUACAACGAGAAAUAAUUAACCACAGGUCAUUGAGGCAUCCAAAUAUUGUGCGGUUUAAGGAGGUGGUGCUGACACCGACACACCUAGCUAUAGUUAUGGAAUAUGCUGCUGGCGGUGAACUCUUUGAAAGGAUAUGCAAUGCUGGUCGGUUUAGUGAAGAUGAGGCAAGGUUCUUUUUUCAGCAGCUGAUAUCAGGAGUCAGCUAUUGUCAUUCUAUGGAAAUCUGUCACCGUGAUCUUAAACUUGAGAAUACACUCCUGGAUGGAAGUCCUACACCGCGUGUUAAAAUAUGCGACUUUGGGUACUCAAAGUCUGCUUUGUUGCAUUCACAGCCCAAGUCAACAGUAGGCACUCCUGCUUACAUUGCACCAGAGGUUCUGUCAAGAAAAGAAUACGACGGAAAGAUUGCAGAUGUUUGGUCUUGCGGUGUCACAUUGUAUGUAAUGUUAGUUGGCUCGUACCCAUUUGAGGAUCCAGAAGAUCCGAGAAAUUUCAGGAAGACUAUCAGUAGAAUAUUAAGUGUCAAUUACUCCAUUCCGGACUAUAUACGCGUAUCCCCAGAGUGCAGGCAACUUCUAUCGCAAAUUUUCGUGGCCGACCCAUCAAAGAGGAUCACAAUUCCAGAGAUAAAGAAGCAUCCAUGGUUUCUGAAGAACUUACCCAAUGAAAUUAUGAAUAGCGAGAAGACAAACUACGAAACAGAGAAUGAUCAAGCUUUACAAAGUGUGGAAGAGAUAAUGCGCAUCAUAGAAGAAGCUAAGAACCCAUCCGAAUGCCCUACGGCUUCCAACCGUACGCUUUCAGAGCUAGCGGAAACUGAUGAACUUGAAGCUGAUAUCGACUCUGAAGUCGAUAGCAGUGGUGACUUUUUGGCACCAAUGUGACUUACAAUGCUCCCUCGAUUGUGCAGAAAGAUAACGAUUCUGUAAGAACAAGCGUUCAUGAUCAAACAAUCACAAGGUCUUGCUACUCAAUAAAAAGUGACCGAAUGAAUCCUCUGCUCUAUACAAAGCUAAAUUGUUUU